AUGGUUGUUACACGCAGCCAAACCCGCCGAAGUACCACGACUACUCACACAUUUCACGAACAAUUUCCGCUUCCAUCAGACGAGAAGAGUAUCAGAGUACUCUGCAUACAACCGGGUGUCAGGGGUACUACGAUCGAAGCUUCCUUAUCCAAGAUAGAUCUCAAUGAUCCGGAACGAGCGCCAUAUACUGCUCUCUCAUAUACAUGGGGUGAUGCUGCGAUUGUCGACUAUAUCCUAGUCAACGACGAGAAGAUGGGGGUUGGAGCAAAUUUGUUCCAGGCACUGCAGCACAUCCGAUCCCCCGAUGAACCGAUCGUCAUUUGGGUGGAUGCCAUUUGUAUCGACCAAACGGACAACAUUGAGAAGUCUCACCAAGUAUCGCACAUGGACCUGGUUUACAGAUUGUGCGACCAGGCGUACAUCUGGCUUGGUUCUCCGGACGACUCUAAUUUGAUGAAAAGCAAUCCGUUCGCGCUUGUGGAACAUUUGGCGGCAGACAAGCAUUUGUACGAACUCCCAAGGCUUGUUGCUCGCAGUCCAUGGUGGCAUAGGGCUUGGACGGUACAGGAAGCCGUUCUACCAGAUCAAGCUGUGGUCAUAUGUGGUUCAUGGAGAACCCCUUGGGAGAGUUUUAAAAUGUAUCAAAAGGGCAUGCUAAGUUACUUUUCUGAUCAUACAGAUGAUUGUUGUCAUGACGCUUAUCAAGCGUUAGGUGCAAGUAAAACAAUGUCCCUGAUCAAAGUAGCGGACUACAUACAGACGUUGGAAGGAUCGCGUCGCGCAGCACCAGGCUUCAAGACAUUUUCCGAGGUCAGCCUUGCCUAUAUUUGUCGACAAUGCUCCAACCCUCUAGACAAGAUAUACUCUCUCUUGGGAUUAUCUGACUCAUCCAAAAUCGAAUUGUACCCCGAUUACACGAAGGAAGUGUCAGAGGUAUAUGUGGAGGCUUUCUGUAAGAUGCUAGAAGAGGCCGAGAUGAGUCCUCGGUGCCUACUUGGCGGAGGAUUCAAUAGCGAAAGGUUCAACCUGCCUUCCUGGGUGCGUGACUUCUCUGCAGUCUUCGAUCCGAGACCUCAGCUUAGGCGUACCCAUGUGCAUUAUCAUCUCUUCAAAACCUGUGGAGAUCUGUCUGGGAAGCUUGAAGUGAAGGACCGAAAGCAUCUGCUGACACAUGGAAUUCUCAUCGAUCGAGUAAAAGCCGUGGCCAUGAAGACAUAUAUCUGGGAGUCGCGAAACAUUGAGGAAACUGUUCACAACUGGCGCCGCACUUGCGAGGAAAAUGGAGUUUCAGUCAGAACUGAUGAAGCAAUCGACGCUUUUGCCAAAGUUUUGUGUGGCGGCGUUAUCUACAGGGGAGCUGGCCCCUUAGAACUGCUUGAGGAGAAUGACGUCGAUCUUCCCACUGAUAGCGAAUGGAGCGACUUCUGGGCAACAGGCAACUGGAAUGAAUUAUCCAGGGGGUACAGAACGGCCUGUACAAAUGCAUUGGACCAGAGGAUACUUUAUAUAACAUUUUCAGGUCGUAUUGGUCUAUCACUCCCGAAUGUUAAGGUUGGAGACGAAAUCUGGGUAAUCCACGGUUCUGAUGUACCGUUCAUACUUCGAAGACAGUCUGAAACACCAGCACACCACCGAUUAGUUGGAGAUACAUACUUGCACGGUGUAAUGCACGGAAGCUGUGCUAGGAGAGAGGACAGCGUAGAAGUGGUCUUAGUGUGAGCAAUGCAUACUUUGGUAUCAUCGACUUUAUCC